GAAGCUGCUGCUCAGAAACUCAUGGACAAUUAUAGACUGGUCCUGGUGGACUCUGGGGUUGUGUUUAGUGAUGAGGAUAGUGUGGGUAGUGUGGAAACCAAAAGCAAAGCCUUAGAAUUGACAAAAGUUCAUCCCAUUUACAAGCACUUUUCUCCAGAGAUGCUGCUCCUGAAAUCCCCAGUCAAACCUUUAGGGUCUGACACCAAAGACUUUGAAAGAGGCCCCACAAAUGCAGAAAUCAACAAGGUCACUGGACAAGUCAAGAAAGCCUUUGCAGAAAGAGUUGCAGACCCACCUUACUCUUUACUGGAAUUACCUCACUUAUUUUUGAUUGAAAAAAAAGAUGCCUUUGCAAAUGAGGAGGCUGUUUGUCACCCUGGUGGAGUGUUGCUGCAAGCUGCA